UUUAGUAAUGCGCGAAACUUCAAUUCGUCAUUAUAAGCAUCUAAUUUCUUAGUCUUCAGGCAACAGACCCCGCUUUGUCCUACUCUAAAAGAGGAGGAGUUCUAUGGCUAACGGACAGUUAUGUCAGAUGAUCAGCAGGAUAUGUGAGGACCUGAGCUCAGGUGAGUGCAGGAGGCUCCUGUACCUGUGUGGAUCCCUGGACACUGACAGCUGUGGUUCUGAUCAUGUGAGAGAGGUGUUGACUUCAUGGCUGAGCAGAGGAAGGGUGGAUCACCUGUACCUGGUGGAGCUUCUGUUCAGGCUGAGAUGCUUUGAUCUCCUGAAGAAGCUGUUUCACAUCAGUAAACAGGAGGUGGAGGGGAUUCUGGGACAGGACCGAGCUUUGUCAGAGUACAGAGUGUUGAUGUCUGAUGUGAGUGAAGACAUGGGGACAGAGGAUCUGGAAUCUCUCAAGUUCCUGUUGAGUGGUUCUUUACCCAGAGAGAGGCUGGCCAGAGCCAAGAGUUUCCUGGACGUCAUAGUUGAACUGGAGAAGCUGGACAGAGUGUCGUCUGAGAGAGUGGAGCUGAUAGAACAAUGUCUGAAGGACAUCAGCAGGGUUGACCUGGCCAGGAAGGUCAAAGGGUACCAGAACCUGACAUCAGCUCCAGAGAACGAAAACAUUGCAGAGCCUGAAAGAAGAAGGCUGUCCUACCAGAGCCCAGUGGAGGAGUACAGGCUGCAGUCAGACCCCCGGGGUGAAUGUCUCAUCAUAGACUGUGUUGGCAGUGAUGGAGACAUGUUGGAGGAGAUGUUCAGCUGGCUCCACUUCAAGGUGACCCUGGUUAAGUGGCUGGGUGUGGGGGAUACCCUGUCUCUCCUCAGGCAGGCUGCCCAACAGAGGGAGAACCAGGAUGUUGAUGCCUUCGCCUGCUGCAUCAUCAGCCGUGGUACUGCCACCGACCUGCUGGCUACAGACUCCCACAGGCUCGGGCUGCGUCUGGACACCGUCCGACACCUCUUCACCCCUGACUGCUGUCCCAGGCUAGCUGGCAAGCCCAAACUGUUCUUCAUCCAGACCUAUAGCGUGUCAGACCCCCAGGACUGCUCCUCCAGGCCCACGGGACACCUUGCUCACAGGGAGGAGGAUCUGGAGACAGACGGGGGUGGGGAACCUCUCAGUGUGGAGACAGAUGGGGGUGAGGGGUAUCCCAGCGUGGAGUCAGUCCCCACCGACGCAGACGUCUUCUGGAGCCACUGUUGGACAGAUGAGGGCCAGCUGGAUGAGAAGCACCACCAGUCUGUCUACCUGCAGGCCCUGAGAGAGGCGGUUCUGAGAGGGCAGAGGAGGAGAACCCAUCUAGUGGGUGUCCAUACAGAGAUGAAUGGGGUGAUCUUCAACCACAACAGAAGGAAUCCAGGAGCCAGAUACAACAUUAAUCUGAGACACACACUCAGGAAGAAUCUCUACAUGUUAUAGGAGCCAGAAAAUAGUCUGCUCUACUGUAUAACCACUGAGCAGAACUACAUUCUAUUGCACAGUAUACAACAGCACCCACUCCUGGCAGCUUUGACAACUACAACAGCACCCUCUACUGGCAGCUUUGACAACUGUCUCGCAUCACACAGGGAAGCUAACAUGCAAGUAGUGCACUAAAAAAACAUGAAGUAUUUUUUACUAUGUAUUUAUUCAAGCCAUAUGUUUUUCUUUUUACUGAAGGAUGGAUGAAUGAUUUGAGAAAAUAAUGUGAAUUCAGAUCUGUGCAUUUUUAAAUGAAUCCAAGCCUAGGCAAAGGGCUUGUC